UUAGGGGCAAAAUAGACUGGCAGCGUUUUGCGGUUGGUGUGGCGGUGUACCAGCCGACGGAGGAGAGACAAUAUCCGUGAAUGCCAUGCAUAUUUAGAGGCGAUUUUUAACAGAAUGGAGUGACUGGAAUUUAACACAGCAUCAUUACGCUGUUUCCGGUUUCCUAGCUGGUGUUUCCCUAUUGUAAAUUUAUUGGAAAAAAGCAGUGGAUCCCGAUGGCAUGGACACUUACGCAAGGUCUGCCGCGCUGCCGUGCUACUGGAGCCUAUUUGCAAUCUCUGUCUUCAACCCAGCUCCACCGCCAUCGCCCCGCAGCCCACAGAGCCCUGCCGCAACGCGACCAGCGUCCACCGAGCCAAAGCAGGCGGCAUGAGGCUUGACUCAGUCCACUUAUCCAUGCUGGUCAUCGGGGUCUCCUUCGCCUGCUACUCCCCGAGUUUGAAUUCCCUGCAGGACCAGGCUCACAAAUCCUCCGUGGUGAUCGAGGGCAAGGUGCAGUCCGCGCCUCUGAACGUCUCAACGGAGCCGUACAGUGUGAAUGUCAAAGUGCUGGACGUGUGGCCGCGGAACAGCGGGGGUCUGGAACGGGAGCAGCUCGUCACCGUGGGGGAAUUUAGCUCGGAGACUCCGUGCGCCAAAGUGAUCCAGAACCACAACUACAUUUUUUUCAUGGACCCCACCGACGAGCCCUUGGUUUUCAAGGCAUCGUUCGCACCCCUUGAUGCUAGUGGGAAGAAUCUAAAACAAGAUGUUGGAAGAAUCUUAUGUGAGGACUGCGCUGCCCCGAAGCUGAAGCGCAUGAAGAGCCCGGUGUUUGUGGCCGAGGGCAAGAGACACACGCUGAAGUGUGAGGCCACGGGCAGCCCCACCAUCCACUACAGGUGGUACAAGGACGGCGACGAGCUGACCAAGAGCAAGGAGAUCAAAAUCAAGCACGGCAAGAGGAACUCCAGGGUCCAGAUCAACAAUGCCCGACUGGAGGACUCUGGGAACUACACCUGCGUGGCAGAGAACGAUUAUGGGAGGGAGAACGGCACGAGCACUGUUCAUGUCCAAAGCAUAACGACAACGUUAUCUCCGGGCUCGGGCCAUUCCAGGCCAUGCAACGAAACGGAGCGGGCCUACUGUGUGAACGGUGGAGAGUGUUACUUCAUACAUGGUAUAAAUCAGCUCUCAUGCAAAUGUCCAGAUGGAUACUUCGGAAAGCGCUGCUUGCAGACAGAGCCUCUACGGCUUCGCAUGCCCAAUCCAACUGAAAAGUCUCUUGGGCUUGAAUUUAUGGAGGCUGAGGAGCUUUACCAGAAGAGAGUCCUGACAAUCACCGGGAUCUGUGUGGCUCUGCUGGUGGUGGGCAUUGUCUGUGUGGUUGCCUACUGCAAAACUAAUCUGCCCCCCAGGAAGCAGAAGAAGAAGAUGCACAAUCACCUGCGGCCCAUGUGCGUGGACCCCCCCCUCAACCGCCACAACGUGCCAAACGGACCCACCCAUCCCGGACCGGGACCGGAGCAGAUACCCAUGGACGAAUAUCACUCCAAGAACAUACCGCCCACAGAGCGCAACAUUCAGCACGGGACGACGGCGUCCUUCCCUGGCAGUCGAGCGUCUUCCAGAUCCCACAUCUCGUCCACUCAUGCCCAUUCUUCCACUCAGAGAUACCAGCCUUAUCUUAUCGCACAACACAGUUGGUCACAACAGAGGCCUUCCUCCAUCCACCACCCUCCAUGGUUGUAUCUCAGACACGAGGAGCGCACAUGGAGCCUGGAGCGCACAGACAGCAUCAUGUCGGACUCCCCCAUGAUGUCCUCGUCGGUGGGCACCAGCAAGUGCAGCAGCCCCGCGUGCAUGGAGGCGCGGGCCAGGCGGGCGGCCCACUGCGGCUACUCGGACGACCACCACCGGGGCAGCCUGCAGUACGGAGACUCCUUCGACUCCCUGGGGGACUCUCCACACAGUGACAGGUACGUGUCGGCCCUGACCACGCCUGCGCGCCUCUCGCCCGUGGACUUCCAUUACUCACUGCCCCCGCAGGUGCCUACCUUCCAGAUCACCUCCCCCAACGCCAACCACGCCAUGUCCCUGCCGCCGGCCGCCCACGCGCCCUACCCGCCGCUGGAGGAGCAGGACCAGCCCCUGCUGCUGCGCCGCUACCAGGUGCCCCUGCACGACGCCCAGCGCCAGGACAGCGCCGGCGGCGGCGGCGGCAGCAGCUACCGGCAGCAGCAGAGGCGGCAGCGGCAGCAGGAGGAGCAGUGGCACCGCACCUACCUGAACGACAGCACCGGCAGCCUGCCCUCCAGCCCCUACCGGCUGGCCGAGGACGAGGAGUACGAGACCACGCAGGAGUACCUCUCCUCCCUGGAGCAACCAAAGAGAAGCGGCGGGAGAGCCAGCGGAGGAGGCGGCAGCGGCAGCGGCGGCGGCGGCAACAGGCGCUGGAGGAGGUCCAGACUGAACGGCCACGUGUCGCCGCGCGGUUACGACGUGGUGACCAGGGCGCCCCCCGGCUGCCUGUCGGACAGUGAGUCGGAGGAGGAGGAGGAGGAGGGGGGCGAGAGCACGCCCUUUCUCAGCAUGCAAAACAUGAACGCCGCAGCGGCCGCCGCCGCCGCCGCCGGCAUCACAGAGCCCUCCACCAUCUACAGACCCACACCCGCCGACACGCGGACUUCACACACGUCAGGCCGACACAGCAGCAGCGGCGCCCAGCGCGGGAACACGCAGAGACUCACACACUCCUCGCGCUCCAAAGCGGACAAUGCACCCCACUAAAAAAAAAGGAGGAAAAACGGAAAGGGGAAAAAAGCGAGAAAUGAAAAAUAUCAACAAGAAAUCAAUAUACUAUAGACCUGCACCUAUAAAAAAAUAUUUUUAUUUUAUAUAACUGACAGAUAUUCUAAACAAAUGAAAUAUUUAUUUUCAUUUUAGCAAAAGUUGUCUACUAGUUAACAGCAAAGACUUUUUUUAUAGGGAAAACUCUAUUUAUAUGUACAUUUUGAUUUACAGCAUAAAAAAGACGUGCCAAUUUUUUCACAACUUAAAAAAAUAGAGUAAUAUUGUGGUGCCUUUUGCUGUAUGACGAUACCAGAAGGCCAGUGGAGGUUUUUUUUGUAGCCUUUCUUAUAUGGACGCCUCAUUUUUAUACACCUUUACUCUUUGGUUUCCUCUGUUUGGCCUUCUUCCUUCGUUUUCCAGGUUGUGUUCUUUUUUCUGGAGCAAAACCCCCAUUUGAACUGUGACAUUGCCCCCCCACCCCAACCCCUGUCAUCUUUCAUGCAAUAUAAAUCAC